AUCACUCGGAGGCAGCGGCGGUGGCGGCUGCAGCUUCUUCUCCGGGCGGGAGCCUGAGCAUGGCCGUGUCCGCGCCUCCUCCUCCAGUGCUGAGUCCGGCGGAGUCUCCACGGCCACUGCUGAGCGGGUACAGCCCGGGGCCCGGGGCGGGCGGCAGUGAGUGCCGGAUGGUGGAGGUGCACGGGGUGCGGGUGGCGUCCUUCGUGCUGGACGGGCAGGAGCUGAUCUGUCUGCCGCAGGUGUUCGAGCUCUUCCUGAAGCACCUGGUGGGCGGGCUGCACACCGUCUACACCAAGCUGAAGCGGCUGGACAUCACCCCGGUGGUGUGCACGGUGGAGCAGGUGCGGGUCCUGCGGGGGCUGGGGGCCAUCCAGCCGGGGGUCAACCGCUGCAAGCUCAUCACCCGCCGGGACUUCGAGGCGCUGUACCAGGACUGCACCAACGCCAGCUCCAGGCCUGGGAGGCCCCCAAAGCGAUCGCUGGGAGUUGCCAUUCAGGAGAACGCUCGUCUGCUGCCGCACGGGGUCCAGAGCCUCUUGUCUCCCGGACUGAUCUCCCACACAGGGCUCACCGCAGCGGCGAUGGCGGAGGCCAUGAAACUCCAGAAGAUGAAGCUGAUGGCUAUAAGCAGCCUUCACGGGAGUGGCAGCCAGAACGGGACGGAGUCCGAGAACGAAGAACUCAACUCUAACGCAGGUGGAAGCGAAUCCUCGUGGGAUAAGGAGAAGCUCCAGUCUCCGAUCACCACCAGCGGCUCCCAGCAUGCACUGGGACACGUCACCCUGUCCGGACAGUCCGCCAUCGGAGGUGCCCAUCCCUUAAGUCCUCUCCAGCAAAAUCACCUGCUGUCUAACCGAUUAGACCUGCCGUUCAUGGUCAUGCCCCACCCCCUCCUUCCAGUCAGCUUACCGCCUGCAUCCGUUGCCAUGGCAAUGAAUCAAAUGAAUCACCUUAAUACUAUCGCCAACAUGGCCGCGGCGGCUCAGAUGCACAGCCCUCUGUCUAGAGUGGGAGCUUCUGUCAUCAAGAGCUGCAUUCACAAUUCUGCUGGCUGCCACUUGGAAUCUUUAUUCGCUCUGCUGACAGACAAAACUCUAACAAACCAGGAAAGGAUCCAGGACAGCCCCUCCCCCGCCCCCUCCAUAGAGGACGGUCAGCGGCCCGGCAGCCAUGCUUCCUCACACCAGAGCAGUAGCGUCUCCAGCUCGCCCUGCCAACUAGACAACAUAGCUGACCGUGUCACCUUGUUACCCAGAGACGGAGACUUCACCGACCAAGAUACUGGACCUAGUAUAAAGAAGAUGUCAAAGGAGAAAGACGACAUCCAAAUCGCCAUCCCCAUCAUAAAACCGACCUUGGAGAAGGUUCAGCUGGCCGGACAGACCUUACCUCCCGGAUUCCCUGCGCCAUUUCUCUUCGCGGACGGGCUGUCAUCCGUAGAAACCCUUCUCACUAAUAUUCAGGGCCUUCUUAAAGUGGCAGUGGACAAUGCCAGAGUACAAGAGAAGCAGAUCCAGCAGGAAAAGAAAGAGUUAAAGAUGGAGCUGUGCCGGGAGCGGGAGCUGAGAGAGAACCUGGAGCGGCAGCUGACCGCCGAGCUCCAGAGCCGAGCAACAAUUCAGAAGCGCUUGAAAAAAGAGAAGAAAGCGAAGAGAAAAUUACAAGAAGCCCUGGAAUUCGAGUCGAAACGGCGAGAACAAGUAGAGCAGGCACUUAAACAAGCCACGGCGGGAGACGGCCUCCGGAUGCUGAACGACGCUUGUAUCCCCGAAAUGGAAACAGAGCACAAUGGCUCCCAGCUCGACAGCCCGCCCAUGCAAGAAAACAGAGCGUACAUAAAGCCUCCGCUUAUGUACUGAGGGAGAGGACGCCGUCCAGCGAGGAUGCGCAUCACGCGAGGAAUCUUUUCCGCCUUUCGCUGCCUUUGGUAUGAAAGUAAAGAUGGUGAAAAAAAUAAAAAAACAAGCAUGAACGACGAAGGACUUCCGAGCUGUUCCCGCAGUUGCUGCAUCAACAACUGCCCCAGCAACGCGACGACACGGAGCGAUUCCCGCGAGGCUUCCCGAUCACAAUGGCGGCCGAUCAUAGGUCCAAUCAUGGGAAGAAAAAAGAGACAUUUUAGUUAUAUUUAAUGACGCCCCUCCUCACCCGUCCGACCCCCUGUAUUAUGUCAUUAUUUAUUUUUUUAUUAUUUUAUUUUUUAUGUUUAUUUUAUUUUUUUACUUUUCUGGCUGCAGCACAGUUUUUUUUUAAGUUUUUUUCCUAUCUCCCCCCCCCCACUGCCUGGAUUUUUCUCUUUUCUCUCCGUUGACCACAGAACAAUGUCAUUGCGUUUAUAAAUGGCGCUUUCCCGGAGCAGAGAUUCGUUACGUAUGACAUUUCGGACUAAGAUGUGUGUACAUUUUUUUAAAAAGAAAAUUACAAUACUGUAAAAAUCGGAAAAUGAGAUGACGGAUGAUGAGCAACGGCGCCCGCCCCCGGACCACCACCACCAUCGUCAUGGCGGGUGCGCACACGGCCUUUAUACUGUUUGGAAAUGCGGCUCCGGUAGAGCGUUAGGCGAUGGUAGCGUUGCCGUCCGGUUUCUCUGUUGUAUCAUAUUAAGUUAAAGUAUAACUUUGUUAAGA